AUUAAUAAAAAUAACUGAACAAUGAGGUCAUUUUGGUUAUUUCUCAACAACCAUAAGACCAAAUACUCCCAGCUUUGCACAAUACCUCCAAUUAAAUAUUUCCUCCUUUUUUUGUGCUAAAAUUCGGUUGUUUAUUUCCAAUUCGUCCCCAACUCAUAAAAUGCCAACCGUAGAUUCGGACUCCUGGGGACCAAUCAUUGCGAUCCAACGGCUCCGCAUAAACGUUCCUUCACUCUUUUCUUGUAUGUUUAACGGCCCUCUCUACGUACUCACCUCAUUCUGCUUGCGCUCUCCACACUAGUUCUCUCUUCUACUUUCUGAUCGCAGCAUUGAUUUUUGUUCUCUUUCCUUCUUUUUUUUUCAGCGUGUAGAUGAAAUGCUAAUGAUCCUGUAUGUUUUUCAGGAUCAGAGUUGAUUACCUCUUGUUUUCUUGUUUGUUGAAGUGAUUUUAUGUAUUCUAUCAGAGUUUUUUGUGUUAUGGAAAUGAAUCUGAUUGUAGAGAUCGGUGAAAAUGGUGAAGAACUACUCAAAGGUGAGUGAGGAGUACCUGAAGGCCGUGGAGAAGUGCAAGAAGCAGCUAAGAGGUUUCAUCGCCUUCAAGCACUGCGCUCCUCUCAUGCUUCAAAUAGAAUGACGAGAAUGCUCCUCAAAUAAGAGAAAAAUAACAAAAAUGGCCCAAGAUCUGUCCACUUUUUAGCGGGUUGGGUUGCUGGACUGGCCCACCCAAUCCGACCCAGAGUUGAGAUUUAAAUUAUUAGUUGUUGGAUCUUUUAGGGUAGACAUUCUACUAAAUAUUAACACAUCGGCCUGCAUGGGAACACGUAAAUAUGUCGUUUAUGUUGCAUUUAUUGUUCCCCGGAUGAUAUUUAAACCCUCUAGACCCCACCUAUUCUAACUUAAGAGUGGCCUUAGCUGGGGUUUCCUGGCAUGCUUCUUUGUUCUCCGGAUCCACAUCCCGGCUUCGAAUCGACUCUUGACCUUCAGUAAUUGAGGAUCACGCCCCGACCCAUAAAAGCGACCUGGAUCACCCUCAUUCCAUCUGCUCUACAUUUCUAAUGAUUCUGUGAAUUAGUAGAUGUGUAGUAAUUAAUCUAUCACUUUGCAGCUUAAAAUGGGAUUACUGUUUUUGGUUUGAGAAAGUUCUGUAGUUCGCUAGCUGUCAUCAUCUGUAGUGAUUGUAAUUCGGUAUCCGCAGCCUAUUUUCCAUAUUGAUGAGGCCAAGAAUGUAUUACAUGUAACUUUAAAGACAUACACAUGCACGCAUACAUACAUGUAAAAUAUAUAUGAUAAUAUGAUAUUACAUGUGCUUUUGUCAGUGUUGGAGAUAUGCAAAGUUCUUGAGCUAAAUUGUUAUAACAUUUAGUUCGGACAAUUAGAAACACAGUCUGCUGUUACUGUAGGCGGCACUCUGCUGGUACAUUUGAUAUGAGCAGCAAGACUGCAGGCCCUUUUGGGACCACGAGAUUAAAGGCUGAGCAAGGACAUACUGCCAACAAUGGCAUUGAAAUUGCUGUUAGGCUCUUGGAGCCCAUCAAGAGCAGUUCCCCAUGCUUUCUUAUGCUGACUUCUAUCAGUUGGCUGGUGUUGUUGCUGUUGAAGUUGCUGGAGGACCUGAAGUUCCAUUUCACCCUGGAAGGCAGGACAGAGCCCCCUACUGAAGGUCGCCUACCUAAUGCUACCAAGGGAUGUGACCACUUGAGCGAUGUUUUCAUCAAACAAAUGGGCCUGAGCAAACAGGAUAAUGUUGUACUCUCUGGUGGCCACACUCUGUUUUGUUCUUGCUAUUACUUUUUGGUUUCCUCGACGCCACUUCCGGGAAAUGGUUACUUUCAUAUACCAGCAACUAAAUAAAUAAUCCUCUAUCAUACAGGGAAGACGCCACAAGGACCCUUUAGGAUAUGAGGGACCAUGGGACGGCUAACCCUCUCACUUUGACAACUCUUACUUUACCGAGCUUCUGGGUGGAGAUAAAGAAGGCUUUAUGAAGUUGCCAUCAGACAAGGCACUUCUAUCCGACCCUGUGUUUCAGCCUCUCGUUGAGAAAUAUGAGGCGGACGAGGAUGGCUUCUAUGCAGAUUAUGCAGUUUCCCACAUGAAGCUCUCUGAGUUGGGGUUAGCCAUAAUUUAUGUUAAAGGUUUAUGUGUUAGGCUCUGUGUGAGAAGCGCUAUUCUGUUCACAUGUUACUGCAAAUUUGAAGAUUUGCCGAAGCCUAAGCUACAGAGCGUCUUUCCUCACAGAUGGAGUGCAGAUUCCUUCACUGCUUUUGAUGGCUGUGUUGGAUUUUGACGAUGUUGCUAGUCAUCAAGAUUUUACACAUGUUUUAGAGAAAUAAUUAAGCGAGAAGAUGUUACACACCUCUCCAUCUCUCCAUCCUAUAAUUGCGCGCGCAUGCGUAUGCCGAUGGAGCUAAGGUUCUCUGUAUCCAUUAUUAGGUGUUGGACAUAGUCACAUGGCACUCCUAGCGCAAUUUCAUGUCUCAUGCUAUCGAUAAAAAACAUGGGAAAUUAUAAUUUGAAUAAAAUUUGUGUAAUUAAUAUGAAUUAACCGAUAGUAAGUGUAGAGAUUAAAAAGAGAGAUC